AGGACGGGCCGGAGAGGACUCGCCAGAGGUGGCAGCAACAGCCGCGCUUUGCGUUGCAGGCGCCCUCUCCAGCACCGCUGAGGUGGCUUCCAGCCGACCUUCUUUUCAGGCUGCACAGGUCGCAGGAGGGGGUGAAAGGUUGCCAAGAUGGCGCUGACCGCUCGCCUCUUUUCCCGCUGGUUCGUCCCUAGGUCGCUACCAGGGGCGGCCAGCGGAACCUGGACUCCCCGUGCGGCCGAGGGGAGGCUGCCGUUGACCGGACUUUGCUGCUUCUGCUGCCGCCGCCUCAGCACGGGAGCAGCCCGGGCCUUGAUGGCUUCAGCCUUGCGUGCACGGGGUCCCCGGGCCCUGCUCAGCUCCCCUGGACUCCGAGCUACCCUCGCCUGUUUCCCUGCGCGCGGGGGUCGAAGCUACAGCAAUGAGCCGCCGCCGCGCCCGAAAACCAGGAUGAUCAUUCUGGGUUUCUCCAACCCCAUCAACUGGGUUCGGACUCGAAUUUACUCCUUCCUUAUCUGGGCGUAUUUCGACCAAGAGUUCAGCAUCGCCGAGUUCUCGGAGGGGGCGAAGCAGGCUUUUGCUCAUGUAUCCAAGUUGCUGUCACAAUGUAAAUUUGACCUACUGGAAGAACUUGUGGCCAAAGAGGUGCUGCAUGUAUUGAAAGAAAAGGUUUCUUCCCUACCUGAUAAUCAUAAAAGUGCCCUUGCUGCUGACAUAGAUGAAAUCGUAUAUACAUCAACAGGAGACAUCUCUAUUUACUAUGAUGAGAAAGGAAGGAAGUUUGUUAACAUCCUGAUGUGCUUUUGGUAUCUAACCAGUGCCAAUAUCCCCAACGAAACUAUAAAAGGAGCCAGUGUGUUCCAGGUUAAGUUGGGGGAUCAGAAUGUGGAGACUAAACAGCUUCUUAGUGCAAGCUACGAAUUUCAGAGGGAAUUUACACAAGGAGUAACGCCCAGCUGGACUAUUGCACGGAUUGAACACUCAAAAUUAUUAGAAUGAUCUUUCUUGGAAAAAAAUCAGCUAAUGGACUUUUUAGCAAUUGCUGUGAAAAACUGAGGAAGAAAAGUAUUUGGAUCAUUUGAUCUUCACUUAAUCAAGUCUGUGGAUUACUUUUAUAUUACUUUUGAAAUACCUACAGCAUAUUGAUGUGAUACAAAGAAGCAUUUUCGAUGUACUGUUACUACCUUUAAAGAGAUCAAAGUUAAAAAAACAAUAGCUACACAUUAUUGGUAUCAUAUUUGGUAUCAUGUAUCUAGUAUUAUAUACAUAUACAAAAUCCAUAAUUUUAUAGUCAUAAUAAAGAUGAUAUU